ACUUUUCUUUUUUUCCUUUGUCAACAAAAUUAAUAUGAAUUCAUUCGGGUAUGCCCUAAUUCUAUCUUUUAUAUUCUCUAACACUUUUAUUUAUCUAUUAGCUGUCAAUCUGUUUGUAGUUUAUCUGAUCAUAUACAAAAUGAUUUCUUAAUCAACUCAUUCUUCAAUGGCACAUCAGUUAGUAAAAAUGAAGCCUCUCUUUUUCCCCCAUUGACACUUGAUGCUACUGCACCCUCAUAUACCUGGGAACAACAGAAACAUCAGCAGCAGAAUCAGGAGUUUUUCUCAAGUCUGUUCCCUUAUGAAAUGGCUUGCUCAACUCAGAACUCCCCUGAAGAAGCAUUGAACAUGUUACUAUUCGAGCAUCAGCAAACAUACCCUACUCCUACUCCUUCUGCUCAACCUAUACCUGGAAUUCACUUUUAUAGCCCUGAUAACUCAAGUUCCAUGAUGAAUAAAUUCGAUUCAACUUCCUUUGGCUAUACUCCACUCUCUCCUGCUAGCAUGUAUUCAGACAGUAUUGAAUGUGCCGUUUCAAAUGUUAGCAAUUCAGUCCAAAGCACACCAUUUCCACAACAACUAGGUUACCCAGAUGACCAAAUGCCACAAACCAGUCAUGAAACUGAAAUAUACACAAGUGUCAUGGGAAACUCAAAUCAGACAUGCUUAUCAAAACAACUUUACUAUCAACCAGAUUAUUGCUAUUCUAUCUCUGAAGAUCAAUCCUUUAAGCCUAUCAUUUGUCAAACACAAAGAAGAACAAGAAGAAGAACAAUACAUCCUAGUCAAUUACAAUGUACUAUAUGCUCCAAAACUUUUUCCAGGCCCUAUAACCUCAAAUCGCAUCAAAGAACACAUACAAACGAACGACCUUAUCGCUGUACACAUCCUGAUUGUGGUUGGACUUUCGCUCGUCCACAUGAUCUGAAGAGACAUGAACUUCUUCACUCUGGAGUGAAACCUCAUACCUGUAGCUGUGGAAAAAAGUUUUCACGAAGAGAUGCUUUUAAGAGACACCAAACUGUUGACACAGGAUGUGCACGAAAAAAAAAAGCACGACAACAACAAUAAUAAGAUGUGCAUAUGACCUAUUUUUAUGAUAGCCAACUUAAUUGUUGCUUAAUCUCUAUUUAAUUUUAUUUAUGAUUUCCCCCCCCCUCUUCUUUUCUUUUUUAUAUGUAUAAACGUUAUUUAGAAUGUAUUUAUUGUCAAAACCAUACCCUUAUAGUAAAUAAAAUUACUUCUCUUAAAAAAGUCUUGAAAAA